AUGAGUUCUGCUUGCAGGCUGUGUUCCCCCAAUGAGUUCACCUGUUCCAUCUGUAAGGGCUACUUCACAGACCCUGUCACCAUUGCCUGCGGCCACAGCUUUUGUGCUCCCUGUCUUUGCCUCUGGUGGGAAGAUACCCAGGCUCCUACUCGCUGCCCUGUGUGCAGGGUAGUAUCACUGCCAAUGGACUUCAAAAGCACUAUUUUAGCUAAGCAAAAACUUCUUCCUGCUGGACAGUCAGUUUUCUUUCAGUCACCAAGCUCUGCCGAGCAGAUCUGUAAGACACACCAAAUAAUGAAGAUCUUCUUCUGUCCAGUUGACAAGAUCCUGCUGUGUGUGCUCUGCUGUCAUUCUCAAGAUCAUGUCACUCAUAGACACCAUCCUGUACAGCAGAUUGCUGAUCACUACAGGGAGAAUAUUCUGAAGCAAAUGAAGUCUAUUUGGAAAAGCAAACAGAAAAACCAGAAAAAUCUAAACAAAGUGACCAACAUAUUCAGAGUAUGGGAGGGUGCUCUAGAUCUACGGAUGGAGAUGAUCAGGGCUGAGUAUCCUAAGGUGUGUCAAUACCUCCAUGAGGAAAUGAAAAGCCAUUUGGAGAGGCUGGCAAAUGAAAGCAUGAUGAUUUUCCAGCAACUCAGGAGAAAUAGAAGCAGCAUGGUUCAUAUUGGGAAAGUCCUGAGGAGAAUAUAUGGGGAGCUGAAGGAACUAUGCUGUAAAGCAGAUGUGGACCUGCUACAGGCAGUGGGACUUUUCCUUUGCAGGAGUCAGUUAGUGCAGCUGUAUAUGCCUAAGCCUGUGGAUCCACAGCUUACUGCAUGGACCAUCACUGGGAUGCUGGAAAGGCUUAUCAACUUCCGAGUAUAUGUUACCUUGGAACAUAGAAUAAGCAAGUAUGAAGCACAUCUGUUUGAAGAACUGAGACAAUUGCAGUGCAGUUCUGACAAUCAAGACACGCCCCAUAACUCUGCAAGUGUAGAGUAUACUCCUUCAUGGGGAGCUCAGACCUUCACUUCUGGCAAGCAUUACUGGGAAGUGGAUGUGGGAAACUCCUGUCAUUGGAUUAUAGGGCUUUGCAAGGAAUCCUGGGCACGUAGGAAAGAUAUGCAACUCAGCUCUGAGGGUGUCUUUCUACUUCUCUGUGUAAAGGCGGAUGACCAUUUCAGUCUCUUCUCUACCUCCCCACUAAUCCGCCAAUAUAUUCAAAGACCCCAGGGCUGGGUAGGAGUGUUUCUAGAUUAUGAAUGUGGCAUAGUAAGCUUUGUUGAUGUUGCCAAAAGUUCCCUCAUCUGUAAUUUCCUUUCAUGCACCUUCUCUUUCCCUCUCAGACCUUUCAUCUGCUAUGGACCAAAAUGA